UUUUUUAAUCAAGUUUUUCAAGCUUCUGCACCACACUCUUAACACUCUUAACACACCCGCCGCCUCCCCCCAAGCUCCCCCCGGUGACGCCGCCCGGACGACGCUGCACGAGCAACCGGACGCCGAUGCCAGUGAGUCAGUGACCGCCCCCCACCCACCCUGCGUCGCGUCGCCUCUGACGCCGCUCUUCUCGCAGCAGCAGAUCGGGCGGCGGAGCACCCCUCUCCUCCGCUGACGCCGUUCUUCUCGCAGCAGCAGAUCGGGCGGCGGAGCACCCCUCUCCUCAGCUGACGCCGCUCUUCUCGCAGCAGCAGCAGCAGAUCGAGCUUUUUGCUUCUCCGUCUGCCACCUACCGCACCCGUCUCUCUCUCUCUCCGUCCGUUAACCCUAGCAGCCGCCGUCGGUCGAGCUCUCAAUCGCAGACCCUAGGAGCUGCCGCUGUCGCCGCCGCCUUCUACAAUAGCCACCACCAAGGUGUGUCGAGUCAGGUGUAUCAUAUCUCAACACUAAAGUGGAAAGGAUUAUUGAAGCUUCAGGAGGCCAUAGACUUGUAGAGUGUGAAGGCAACAUUGUGAUUCCCUGCAGGCAGAUGAGAUGAUCGUUUCAGUAACUGGAGCCACUGGGUUCAUAGGUAAAAGAUUGGUGCAGAGAUUGCUUGCAGCCAGGGACUAUCCAGGAAUUAAAAUAGCAGAGGAACCAGAAUGGAGAAACUGCAUUCAAGGUUCUACGGCUGUUGUAAAUCUGGCCGGAUUGCCUAUAAGCACAAGAUGGUCACCCGAGAUCAAGAAAGAGAUCAAGGAAAGCAGGAUUAAAGUAACUUCUAAGGUUGUAGAUUUUAUUAAUAGCACACAGGAUGACCUUCGCCCCAAGGUUUUGGUUAGUGCAACAGUCUCUCUUUUACUUUAGUAUACUCUGUGAAGAACUUAGUUAUCUCCAUUGCC